UUCUUAUUCCUAGACCACAGGGCUCCACCAAUCAUAGGCUACCUUCCAUUUGAGGUUCUGGGGACGUCGGGGUACGACUACUAUCAUGUAGACGACCUGGAGACACUGGCCAAGUGUCACGAACACUUGAUGCAGUAUGGUAAAGGGAAGUCGUGUUACUACAGGUUCCUGACUAAAGGUCAACAGUGGAUCUGGCUCCAGACUCAUUACUACAUCACCUAUCACCAGUGGAACUCCAGGCCUGAGUUCAUCGUCUGCACACACACCGUCGUCAGCUAUGCGGAGGUGAGGGCAGAGCAGCGUAGAGAGCUGGGUAUCAUUGAAGAGCCCCCCCCUGAGGUAACUCUGGACAAGCAGAGUCAAGACAGUGGAUCUGAGUCUCAGCUCAACACAGUUUCCAGCCUGAAAGAGGCACUGGAACGCUUUGAUCGUAGCCACACCCCCUCCUCCACCUCUCUGUCCUCACACAAGACCUCCUCACAGCUCUCAGACAACACCUGUACCUCAACAGCCUCCAAGCUCCACAUGGACAUGGCCACGCCCCCUCGUCAGUCACAUGCUGCCUCCACCAUCGAGAUGACAUCACAGAGACGCUCCUCCAUCAGCAGCCAGUCUAUGAGUUCUCAGACCACGGGACACAGUGUGGCUCCCGUCCAUCCUGUGAUACAACAACCCCAACUACAGCCAGACGUACAGCCGGUGCUGGAGUUCUCAGCCCAGGUGAAUGCUAUGCAGCACCUAAAGGACCAGCUAGAGCAGAGGACCAGGAUGAUUCAGGCCAACAUCCAGAGACAGCAGGAUGAACUCAGAGCCAUACAGGACCAACUACACAGAGUACAGCCCCCAGCCAUACAG